AUGCCCCUCCUAAACACCCUCCUCUCAAUAACCAAUUUCCGCAACCCCUUCCUCCGAACCCUCCUCCCCACAAUAGGCACGGCCUUCGCCCUCCAAACCCUCGUAGCCAUCCCCUCCAUCGCCGUCCAAUCCGAGCGUUUCUACGAUCUCUCCGGCUCGUUGACGUAUCUAUCCGUUACUGCGCUUUCGCUUUACUUGCCGGCGUUGCGGGCACGUGCUGCUUCUUCGCUAGCUGGAGGAGUGAAACCGCCGUUUCCGGGGCUGUGGGAUGGAGUGUUGGGCAGAGGAAGCGGGAUUGGGGGGAUGGAGGGGUUGAAUUGGAGACAGGUGGUUUUGAGUGCUGCGGUGGGGGUUUGGGCUACUAGGUUGGGCAGUUAUUUAUUCCAACGAGUUCUGAGUGAUGGGAAGGAUUCGCGCUUCGAUGAGAUUAAGAAGAGUCCACCGAAAUUCUUCACUGCGUUCAUGGCCCAAGCAACAUGGGUCUCCCUCUGCCUCCUCCCCCUCCUGGCCCUAAACUCCAUCCCUUACCCCCUCCUCUCCACCCUCCCAGCCCUCAAAACAACAGACGUCCUCGGUCUGCUCCUCUACACCGGCGGCCUUUCCUUCGAGAUCGUCGCCGACCGCCAGAAAGCCGCGUGGGCCGCGGCUAAGAAGCGCAAGGAGCACGACGAGGAUUUCCUGACCUCGGGCCUGUGGGCAAAAUCCAGGCAUCCGAAUUAUUUCGGGGAAGCGACGCUGUGGACCGGGAUCGCGGUUAUGGCCGGAGGGGUGCUGGCUUCGAGUGUGGGGUUGAGGGGCAUGGGGACUAGUGGGGUUGGGGGGAGGGUGUUGGGGGUUGGAUUGGCGGCGGUUAGUCCUGCGUUUGUGACUUUUUUGUUGUUGAAUGUUAGUGGAGUGCCGUUGAGUGAGGAGAAGUAUGACAAGAGGUAUGGGGAUAGGAAGGAGUAUAGGGAGUGGAAGGAGAAUACGCCGAAGUUCGUGCCAAAGUUUUGA